AUGGCCUGUUUUCAAAACGCGGCAGUGAGUAUUCACUUCUUCAAACAACGCACUUUCCAUUUGAUCCAUGGUUUCUCUAUCCGCUUGAAGAGUUUUAUGCAUAAUACCUCGGAAGAUCUGGAGAUUUUGAAUUGUUUUGGUGUGCGACAUAGACAGGUAAAGAUUAUACAACCAAUUGAGUGUUCUUGGGUUCCUCCUAACUGGGAUGAACGGUUAUUGUGUUGCGAUGGUGCUGCCAAAGGUAACCCUGGUAGAGCGGGAGCUGGUGUGGUAGUUCGAGAUGCUGGUUGCGAUUUCGUUGGAGCUAUGAGCAUUGGGCUAGGUCGAACUAAUAACUUCUUGGCAGAGCUCUAUGGUGUGAUUGUAGGUUUGGAAUGGGCUAUGAAAUGGUCAGUUCGUAAAAUCUUGGUGAAGUCAGAUUCAAUUGGUGCCAUAACUGCUUUUAAGAAUUCUAAUUUACCCUGGUUCGCAAGACAAAGGUGGAGAAGGAUUCAAGAUUAUUAUGUUUCCAUUCGGUUUGUGCAUACUUAUUGA